CGCCUGUCUCUCUCUGAAAGCUAAUCUUCCAAUCAGACUUCAUUCUCGUUGUGUGACGUUCAAGUGGGCGUACUGUUAUUUCAGCAAAUGAUCAACGCAUUCAUCUCCGAUUGGUACAUUAGUUGCAUGUGACGGAAGGUAACCAAUCGGAAUUUAAACAGAUAGGUUAAAAAAUAUCGCCGUAAUCGUGUAGCCCCCCCUAAAACGAUGACGUUUAAUUACGAACUCUUGCUGUGUUGUCACACCAGCUGUUUGCAGAAGGGGAAAAGUGUCAGUGAGCAAGACUGUUUUGCAAGAAUUCGGGAUUUAGUAAUUGGAUAAUAAUGGCGUUCUCUUCAUGAAGAUAUGGGACGGGAGUUACGGAAUGAAUGACAGUUUGCAAAAGUGAAUAUUUUCUCACAGAAGUGCUUCCAUAAGACUGCAAGACGAUAUCGAAUGGUGGAGAGGGAUAGAUGAGCAAAUAAAGGUCGCUUUAAAUAAAACCCAGCCUAUUUACAAACUUCUUGGCUGAAUCUUCUGCAAGGAUUUAGGCUAUAGCCACACUCCGGAGGUGUGCGCCAACAAGUGGCGCGAGUUUGCGUGCGAGUCAUGAACGUGGGCACGGCUCACAGCGAGGUCAACCCCAACACGCAGGUGAUGAACAGCCGGGGGAUAUGGCUGUCCUACGUCCUGGGCAUCGGGCUGCUGCACGUCAUCCUUCUCAGCAUCCCUUUCGUCAGUGUUCCCGUAGUCUGGACUCUCACCAACCUCAUCCACAACAUGUGCAUGUACCUGCUGCUGCACACGGUGAAGGGCACGCCGUUCGAGACGCCGGACCAGGGCAAGGCGCGGCUGCUCACGCACUGGGAGCAGAUGGACUACGGCGUCCAGUUCACCGCCUCGCGCAAGUUCCUCACCAUCACGCCCAUCAUCCUGUAUUUCCUCACCAGCUUCUACACCAAGUACGACCGGAUCCACUUCAUCAUCAACACCGUCUCCCUCCUCACGGUCCUCAUCCCCAAGCUCCCACAGCUGCACGGCGUGCGCAUCUUUGGCAUCAAUAAGUACUGAGACACAAAGGGCACGAGUGUGUGUGUGUGUGUGUGUGUGUGUGUGUGUGUGUGUGUGUGUGUGUUUGUUUGUGUGUCUGUUUAUAAGGACUAAACUCCCUCCUCUCUUCUGUACCAAUGGUUGGUGAACUAUCCCUCAGACACCAAGGCCAAAGGCGAGGAAGGAUUGAGGCAACCCAUGCCCCCCUCUUCACCCCUUUGCUUUCAGUGUCCAUCUCGUCUGCCAUGGUAGAGCCACUAAGGGACUGGAACAUUUUGUGUGUGUGUCUGUGUCUGUGUCUCUGUGUGUGUGUGAGUGUGUGUCUCUGUGUGUCUCUGUGUGUCUGUGUGGCGUUUGGAGAAAUGAAGAAGACCCAAGUUCAGAGGACAGUGGCUUGGCCCUGGCAAAUCGAAGACCCCCUGGAUAUCUGUUGUGUCAAUUAUUUGUCUGCCCUGUAUGUGUGUGUGUGUGUUUGUGUGUGAGUUUGUACCGUUUUCUAAGCAAGCAAGAAGAGGAUCCCCAAAGACUGUGAAAGCCAGGGGCCUAAUUGCCUCCCAGGACCCCUGUCAGAGGGAGCCAAACGUAACAGGCUGUGAUGGAGAGACGUUAGAGAAUGGCAGUGACUGUGGAUAACCUCAACAGCUAUCCUAUUUUUACACAGCGCCUAUCAGACUUUGCAGCAUUCAUUUGGGUACUGAGCACAUUAUAGUCUCUGGCCUGCUCCAAGCACUCUCUUUUUUUGCCCUCUCUCUGUGUCCUUUUCUUUCUCUCCCUUACCCUCCCCUUUCUUUCUCUCUUUCUUUCUUUCCUUCGCUCUCUCUCUACAGUCUCUCUUUGUCUCUGUUUUGUGUGGUUAAAAGGACAAGUAGAGCUGGAAUGGUGCACUAGUUGAGUGGGCCAAGGUGGAUGUGGGUGUGGGGGUGUAGGAGGGGUGGUUGGUUUGUGGACUGAGGAAGUCAGUCUGACCAAGGGAAUUAUUUUUAGCUUGUGCCCCUAAUCGUCAGGAGACCUGGGGGAAAGUACAGACAUACUUAUGAUUGUCUCGGUAUCAUUCUUCUUCUUCUCCUUACCCCCAAGUUAACCUGAGCCCCACUCUGUCAUUCUUUGGAGAUGCUUUCACGCCGCAACUGUUCCCACACUGGAAAUGGUCCAUUCCUCAAGCACACGUCAUCUCUCCGGGAGUCGGUGGAGAGAGCAUUAAAGGUGCAGGGGAAAGAUUAGUGUUUUACAUGAUCUUUGCACACUUCAGAUAUUUCAUUUAGCAGGGAUAAGAUACUUUAAGUGCACAGUGACUAAUAGUUAUUGAUUGCCUUGUCGGGAGCCUUGAUGAGACGAGACAGAACAAGGGCCGGAACGAGGGAUUUAGAGCGAGACCAGAUGACCGUUGGACUGUGCUCUGGACAGUCUCCGAAAAAGAAGGCGUACAGUACGCAAGCUUUUGGACCACAUUUGACUGUAAAAGCCCAUGCAAGGUCAAAACCAUUCAGACUUUUCCCACAUACUCCAUUAUCUCAACAGGUCUUAGCAUUCUUUUGUGCUUGCUCUAACUUUGACCUAUUUGGUACUGGCAUCUAACACCACUCUGUGGUAAGAGCCUUAAAGCCAUUAAAUGUAGUCUUUAACAAGUAAAGCCUUAAAUUGUAUGCUUAUUUUAUGAUCCUAAAAGUGCAGAUGGAUUUGUUCACCUUUUCCACCUAAAAAAGGGGGAUUGUUUUAUUAUGGCAGUAGAAUGUUAAAAAAUUUUUUUUUACAUUUCCAAUGACUGCAGUUUCAUUGCUAGUGACGUUAUCUUUUUUGGGGUUGACAUUACAAUGUGCAGUUAUAUUGUUAUGAGGGAGAUUUGUGUAGCAAUGGGAUGCCUGAUGUUGUAUUUGGGUACAGAUCAGCAGACAGCGGUCAGUAAUGGUGCAACAGCACCAUAAUGUCAGCACAGAGUCGUCAUUGUUCAAGCAGAUGGGUCCUGCCUAAAGAAGGGCCUCUGUUUUUUAAAGUCACGACUCUGGGUCUAAUCUGCCGGGAGCCUUUACUUUGGCGUUCGUUAGCUCCCUAACUGAUCUGGAAACAGCCCAGAGGGACUCCGGGGUGUCUCAAUGACAUUAAUUGUCAAAGCGGAGACUCGCAGCACAGUAAGGGGUUUUGAUUUCCCUCGGGCUCUUUGCUGUCUUUGACACAGUAGGACAGGGCUAAUUUUGGUGUGCUGAGGCGAGGGAGACUUUUCUCCUUUUCUUUUUUUUGUAUCACGGAGCACUUGUGAACUGAAUGGGUCGUUGGUGUGUUUUCAGCAGUAAUGGCUUAUUCGAUUCCCCCCUCCCACGAAACAACGACAUCCGUGAUGCCUGAGAUAUACCGUAAUGAGUGGUGUUUGUCAGCGUAUGUCCUCCGAGGCUUCUGUUUUGAGAGUGUAAUGUUUCCGCCAUGAUUUGGUUGGUGCAUGUUUACGGUGCAGAUAAGGAAGGGGCCUACAUGCAAAUCAUAUUGGAAAUGACUGAUGGGGACUAAUUGUGGCAGCCUUUGGUCUCUGGACAGAGACUGUAUGGUGGUACUCCAUGUGACCCGAGCAUAUGCCAUUUGAGCUCUACAUACACAACAGUGUUUGUGUGUGUGUACUACUUUGUGUAUUGCAAUACAGUGCCCAUUUGUAGCAUCCCAGAUGUAGAAAGUGACAUGUGAUUGUCAUUUGACCGGUUCUUCAUACAGGCAGAUGGAGAUGACCCUCCAUUCUAACAUUUGACAUGGUUCUCCAAACGUUGUUCCUUUGUUUUACCUGAUGUCGUUUACUUCCAAUUCUUCACUGUCUUCUAUUUUCUGACCCCGUGCCGUGUAAUGAAGAUUGAACCCUGAAGGUCACGUCCUUGAAAAGUAGCGGACACUCAAAACCAAACGUCGUCCGGCAUCGCUCUGCUGCGCCCUCUGCAACGUGAGGCAGCGCCAUGUGCCGGCUCGCUGACCCUAAUGUGGCCACUUGUUAAACAUUGAGGAGGUGGCAGUCGGACCGGGGCGAGAGGGACUGUCCGCCACGGUGUCUGAUAGCCGAGCGUUGCAAUCGGAGGAAGUGAGCUGUCAUCGAGGGUGUUGAUUAUUGGGUAGAACUGCUCCUGCGCGUUCUUUCUUCUUCCCGUCUGCUUCUCUCUCUCUUUUUCUCUCACUCUCUCUGUUCACUCUCUCUUUUUCUUUCACUCUCUGUUUGCUGUCUCUCUUUUUGUCUCUCACUCUCUCUGUUCACUCUCUCUCUUUUCUCACUCUUUCUCUCUGUCUCCUCUUUUCCAUUUUCAGACGGGCAAACAGUGGGUUUGACAAGUGGACUAAUAUGUUCUGAGACCUGCUAUACUGAGGUGUAAUGAUUCCAGAAUACCCUUUUUUUCCAGUUUACUUAGAUUGUCAAAUCUGUUUCUAUUGGUUAAACAUCAACAUCUGUAACAGUGAGUCAUGUACUGUACACAUGCUGAAAGAAGGGCUACCUGACCUGUUUGUUCACAUUCAAAACAGGCGCAGACAUUGCUUAUUAACAAACGUAACAUGACAUUAAACACUUUCAAACAAUUCUAGUUUACUAGCCAGCAAAAUUAGGAAUAGAAUGCAUUUGAUGCACAACUAUUUCAAAACAUUUGAUUAUUUACUUACUUGCAUUUAAGCACACUUAGCAGAGAAUGGGAAGACUCCUACUUACAUGUGUUGUUGAGAUGAAUACAGUUAGCACUAGGGGCUUGACAAAUUCAGUGCUUACUCUGCACUAUUAUUGCACUUACAGUAAUUUUCAUUGAGUGUUGUCUACAGAAUCUCCCUAAACUGGGAUGGUUUCUUAAAUACAUAGAUUAAGUCCUUGUCCCAGACUACUUAAGUGAAGAUCUCCAUUGAAAAAGAUCUUGUAGUCUCAACUAGGCUUAAUCCAUGUACGGGAAGCUCUCCCAAAAUGUUACAGAUCUGCCACAACAGGAAAUGUUAUUUUUACUACAGUACUUUGUUCUUUAGUACUAUGAGAAAUAAAGUGUAUUCAUGUA